AUGGCUCGCCAGUUCCGCGACACAGACCCCAGCUCUCUCCUGCGCCGACGAAUAGCGUAUGGGAAGCUGCAGGGGCAAGCCGAUGCGUUCAAACGCCAUCGCGACGAGAUGCGUCUUCUCUCCCCCCCGGAGUGCAAGACGUUUCUCAACGGCAGGCCCUACGAGGGCCCAAAGCCAGGGCCCCGGGUCGAGAUGCUGUUCGAGGCUGCUAGAAGCACCUUGGACAUCCCACGUGUUCGGAUGCCACGCCGAGACCCUCAGACUCCCAACGUGGCAAACUGCGUGGCCUUGGACGUGCCGGAGAACCAGCUCCAGAUGGUCAAGUACCAGAAGGCCGUCGAGGAGAGGGGGAAGUUCGCGUGGCUCACAUAUCGCCGGCGAUUCAUGGUGUCGUGUCCCUCGCCCAUGGAGACGUGGAGGCUUGAGAAAGAGUACGUGGACUACAGGGCAGCCGCGCACAUGCUCAAGAUCGACUUUCUCAACGAGAACGCCUACCAUAAAACCCGCAAGGCGCUGAGAGAGUUCUUGGCCGGCGAGGGCAUCACCCUGGAGCAGAGACGACGGGGCCUGCUCAAGUCUAGGGGCCGCGGGAGUCCUCUGAAGGAGGUCAUCUCCAUUGACGAAGACUGGCCCCAGUAG